UAUACCUUUGAAGAAGAAUUUUUCAGUACUUACGUAAAACACCUAGAAUGCAUAUUUUGUGUUCCUAUAGUCGAGGACUCUAUUAAGCUUGCCUACUUAAUUUAUGUCUAUGACUGAUUUUGCGUUUUGUUCUGUCAAAAUAUUUUAGUUGAUUUUAAAAAAAAAAAUCCUCCUAGGGAAUUCUUCGCGGAAAUGUAUUUGAAAAACAUUUUGAGAUCGCUUUGGAUUGUUAAAUUUACUGUUUUGGAAAGAAAAUAUGUUUCGGAAUGUGCAUUCCAAGUUUUAAUUCAUUAGUUAUUAAAGUUUUUUGGUAACACUUUGGUUUUAUGAAUUUUGUAGAGAGAUUACCAUUGGUUUUUUUUUAUAAAUUAUUGUUGUAUUUUUACAGUGCAGGAUGGGGAUACAAGUAAUUUGAUUAACAUCAAUUAUUCUAAAUACAUUGUUCACUCAUCAAAACAAAUUUCUCGCUUUGUAUAUAGUAUUCUAGUUAAUAGUUAAUGGAUUACUCUCAAUUUUAUAUCCACUGAAAGGAAAUAUGAAUUGGAUUAUGUCUCUUGUUUGCCAGGCAUUCCAUUUAAGCAGUUCAGAAGCUGUGGACUUUCUGGAUACAUUUCUAUCCAUGAACCCAGAUUCCAGCGGAGAGGUUAAAAUCCAUGAUUUCUUCAGGGUUCUGAGAUUGAAGGCUUGUAAUCUUUCUGAAAAGAUAUUUGGAGUCCUUGAUGUGAAGAAAAAGGGUAAAAUAACAUUCAAGCAGUUUCUAAAUGGGUCAACUCAUGUCCUAAAGCAACCAUUAUUCAGACAAGCUUGUGAAUUAGCCUUCGUUGAGUGUCACACUUGUGGAAACCAUUACAUUACCGAGCAAGAAGUUAUUCCCAACAUGGAUGAGUUUGAGAUCCAUGAACUAUUCAAAUUAUUUGAUACCGAUAGCGAUGGGAGGAUCAACAAGGAUGAUUUUAUUGCCUGUUUAAGAAGAAAUCCAUCACUCGUAGCACUUUUUUCUCCCUCAUUAAUGCACAAGAACUUGUCUAGAGUCGAUGAUACAUAG